AUGAGGAACUUCUGGACGCUACUGGCCCGGGCCACCCGACUCACAUACUCUACACCAACAGGGUCUACUGGUGCUGUUGAAGGACUCUCUACUUCCAACAUAUCCGUUUGGCACCACCCUUCGACUAUCGACUACGCAUCAUCUUCAAGCAGCAUCGAGCAAAGAAGCGUUCGGACUCUCUCGUCAUCUUCUCAGUCAUGGCAGUACAUCACACGGCCACAGAUCAAGCAUGCAGAAACAUCGGCUUCCUUCCAAGGACCGGGAAAUCAGCAAGCGAUCGUACUUGCAGAGUCAACUCCUACGGCGGAAUGCGUCCCGUCUACGGCUUUUGCUGAGCUCGUCACUUGCAUGCCGGUUGUGGAUGCCAGCAAUGUGAACAGUGCAAUCAACUGUAAGACGGCAUACUCGGAGACUUCAGGCUGCGAUCUCGACCCAUCGCCAUCCACGACUUCUUUGACCUCCACAUUGACUGUACGAUGCGACCAAGGCAGUUGCGGGCAGGCGGGCUGUGGAGGAACAGUGACGCCCGCCAAACCAAGUGGAGCAAACUGCAAGAGCUGCACCACGAGCAAUGGCUUCGUGCACGCUCCGCAGUCGACGGUACCAGCAUCUGCGCCCGACCCUAUUGCAGGUGCUUUCCCUUCAGUAGCCUCAACGGAUGGGGGAAAUCUGACGAAGCGAACUUUGCUCGGGCCCGGUGACUACGAUGAUUACGAUGAAUUCAUGCUUACAGAACUUGCUGAAGCUAGAGAACAAGAUCAUGUAGUCGCUCACCGUCCCCCAGAUACUGGUGGGCGAUCUUCGGCACGCGCGUUCAGGUUCACCAGGGACGCGGGAAACUACGCCGUGGAGAGAUUGAGCGGCUGCACUGUCAUCAUUAUGGUGUCGAGGCGUGGGGUCUGGCUGUCACACCAUUUGGAGGUGCCCACCUUCUUGAACAUGAAGGGGCCAGUCAUUCACGUCGAGCAAGACGUCAUGGUCGGCAUGUUCACAGGUGAUGAUUCAGGGUGGUAUCCCGGCUUGAACGAAUUCACGCGAGCUGGAGACCUCUUCGACUAUGGAAGAUACGGGAGGACGCAAAACUCCUUUCUACCUAUCAUCUACACACCCGACAUCGAUCCUAGUUACUACGGCCCAAAUUGGCCUGCUUGGAAAUAUCUGCGGGACAUCAAGAGAAUCAAGGAGCUGCUGGAGAGUACGUACGCAGUCUCCGUGCCUGUGCUCACCUAUGAGCCAGUUGAUGCUCAACCAGAACAAAGGGAGGAGAUUUUCAAAAACACCGCUCGAGGCAAAAUUCUCGUCCAGUACGAUCCUCAAAACUGGUUGAUGACAGAAAAGCAUAAGGAGGGCGACAACGAGAAUGUCUGUUAUCAACAAGACGCUGUCGUACGCAUCUGGGAUGACAGUGGGAAAGUGAUCUUCGAGGACCGAUUCAUUGCCACGCCCGAGCAGAAUGCGCUGGUGAACAUGCAGCAGCAUGGCAAGCGCAGCCAGGAACAUCAGAUUGACUCGGCUCAACCGUAUUGUGGCUCUCCAAACACCACGUCGACGACGACAAGCAAGAGCAAAACGCAGUCUAAGACAAGUUCGAAGACAAAGUCGGAACAAUCGAAGACCACGACCACAACCCAUGCUUGUUCUAUAACCAGUGCGCCCGCCACAAUAAUCACCGCACACACUCUCGGCACGGAGACGGUCGCUGCGCAGACGAUCUCGGCAAACACCUACUGCCAGUGCGGCCAUACCAUAGCUGGCGUUGAGACCAAGACGGGCUCAGAUGGCAGUAGGUCAUUGUAUUGCAACAAUGGUGGAUCUGCAAGUCAAACCAAGCCAGAUAAGACUCUGCCGCCACCAAAGACGUGCUAUGUGACAAGUGCCCCAGCCACCACUCUGCCGGACAAGACGAUUGGUAGCAGUGUCCUUCAUGGUCAGACGAUCGCAGCCAACACUUACUGCCAGUGUGAGAAGACCAUCGCUGGGGUUUUGACAACUACCAGUAUCGAUGGAGGCCAGACAUACUAUUGUGCUAACGGUGGAGUGGCUGCAACAAGUGCUGUCACGCGCUCACCACCUCCUACAGCCUGCAAGUUGACCAGUGCCGCUGCAACGACGUGGGGCUCUCAAACAUUCCCAGCAGAGACAUUCUGUCAAUGCGGAGACAAAGUCGCUGGUCUCGACACCAGCACAGGCGAUGACGGCGGCAAGACGGUCUUCUGUGCCGAUGGAUCAGGGACCAAGGCCUCCCCAAUUCCCAUCACCACUGUCACACCAAGCUGUGCCGUCGAAGGUUCAAGUUGUACUUGCAACGGCAAAGCCUCGGGCAGUGUUCACUCGACCGUUGGCAGCGAUGGGAAACAGACAUAUGACUGUGUGGUGGGCUCGAAGACACUUGCCGUGUUCAUCUGA